AUGGCUGAAAAGAAAUCUAUAACCCAAGGCGCGUCCACGUACGGGACCGUGAGCAAGAGUAACUCGAACGACAACUCGUUCGAAGAGGACGAUGCGUACGAUCCGUACGCCAUGCGUUCAUCAGGGAUUGGUCGUGGUUCGAACAACGGCUCGCCGUCCACGAAGUAUGGUGGUGACGCGCACGACGAUUCCACCAACAAAACGUUUCCUUUUCGGAGGAGAAGGCUGGUGGACAAUUUGUCUAAGUGGAGAUUAAACGCGAAGAAUAAACGGAGCGAGAGAAGUGCGUUAGCAAACUUCGUCAUCGAUUGGACCUUGCCUAUUUUUGCCUGCUACAUUGGCAUAUCGGUGGUUAUUCUGAUGACGGAUCCGAACGAACCGGCGUUUAGUGGUUCCUUCGUGAAAGCGUUUUACUUCGUCGCUGUAACCAUCAUGGCCAUCGGGUACGGCGAUUAUUACCCAGUCUCCGACGGCGGUAAAAUAUACAUCAUGGUUUUGAUAUUUACGGGAAUUGUAAUCGUUGCUUCUGUAUUUGAUCGUUUGACGAUGUGGUUUCUUGUCAAGGCGAAAGAUGUUCGAGGGAAACUCGAAGAAAAGCGUAGCCGCGAAAUUGAAGAGGACUUGGUCACCUUGCGAGAAGCCAUCGUCUCGUCGCAUAAAAUGAAAGGUACGGAAGAGUACGAACCAAACUUGUUGCAAAAAGGCAGCCACGAAAAGUCAACGCAAAAAGUGACCGAGGAUAUCCAAAGCAUGAGAAAAAAUUCUGUGUGGUACGCCGUAGGAAUGCUUCUCGCGGUGGUGAUUUCCGGAGCAGCGAUUUUCCACGCCAUCGAAGGACACACGUAUCUCGAUUGUAUUUAUUGGGCUGUUGUCACCACAACAACUGUUGGUUACGGGGAUAUCUAUCCCGUCACCGACCCCGGUAGACUUUUUACGUGUGCAUAUGGCUUGUGCUCGAUAGGUUUGGUGACGUACUCGUUAUCGUUGAUUGCGAAGAACACGUUGUACCAAUCGUUGGAGGAUGAGUCCGCCGUGGAAUCUUUUCAGCUCACUGCGCAAACGCUGAUUGAUAUCGGUGGAAAGAAAGGGUACGCGAGCGAAUUCGAUUUCCUCGUCGCCAUGUUAUUAGCGAGCGGUAAAGUAGAUUCAGAGGAUGUAGAAGAAAUUAGGAGAAAGUUUAUGCGUUUGGAUAUCAACGGCGAUAAACAGUUGGAUUAUAGAGAUUUGUUAGGCGGCGACCUAUCUUCUCAAGGUGGAGCGACGACGCUCAGUCGUGCGGCGCCGCGUCCAGGAACGCCUGAAAGAAAGCUCAUUCCAAAAGAAUGA